AUGUUCGCCAUGUGACCGCGGAUAGACCAAUCACAACAAAGAGUUUGAAUGGGACUUUAUGAUAUUGCAAAUUUUGUUUACAAUGAGGAACGUGAUUCUAUAUAAAGGAUACGAGCACGGAAACUAAUAUAAAACACCUUCCGUGUUGAUGGAUGGAGGUGUUGCGGGGCGGUCUUACACAGUGAAUCACUCGUGAAAUAACCGAGCGCAUAAAACAGAAAUGCCCCCCCCCCGGUUAUUUAAUAAACAAAAUUACAAGCUUACCCUAACACAGUCAGACUAGCAUCAAUAUGUAUGUGACGAUUUCAAUAAAAUAAACGCAGUGUGUAUGGUACUUCUAGUUGUAGGUAGCAUACACUCAAACAACGCACAAGUGGAGGAAACGACACACAAACAAACAUACAACCCGGAAGUGUGAAGUCAAGACUAAGCUGCACUCGCUGUACAUGCGGAUAUACAAGACCAUUUCAUAAUUUGUUAGGAUUUCAUCAAAAAUGGAGGAAAAACGAAGUAUAUUAGUGUUAUACGGUAGUCAAACUGGAACUGCUCAGGAUGUUGCUGAGAGAGUUGGAAGAGAAGCAAAAAGACGACACUUUUCAACCCGAGUUGUUUCCAUGGAUGAAUAUAUUAUUUCAGAGCUGAUUCAGGAAUCUAUAGUAAUAUUUGUGUGUGCUACUACUGGACAAGGAGAUGAACCUGAUAACAUGAAGAUGUUUUGGAAGUUUCUGCUUCGAAAAAAUUUGCCAUCAGACUCGCUGCAUCAAGUUAAGUUUGGUGUGAUUGGAUUGGGAGAUUCUUCUUAUCAAAAGUUUAAUUUUGUUGCUAAGAGAUUGAAUCGAAGACUUUUACAAUUAGGUGGACAUUCACUUAUAGCACCUGGUCUUGCAGAUGACCAACAUGAUUUAGGACCAGAUGCAGUGGUUGACUUUUGGCUUAAAGAAUUGUGGGAGAAAUUACUUACCAUGUAUCCAUUGCCUCAAGGGAAAGAGAUGAUAAGUGCAGAUGUUUGUCCACUUUCUAAGUAUAGAGUGGAAUUUGUCGAAUCAGUGAGCGAAAAAUUGCAAUAUCAGACAGAGAAGAUAAGCCAUUUCCAUGGUAACAUACCAAGCCAGAAGAAUCCAUUAUAUGCUAAGCUGAUCAGUAAUGAAAGAGUGACCGCCGCUGACCACUGGCAAGAUGUAAGAUUGGUGAAAAUAGAUAUCACAGGUUCUAAUGUAAGUUACUGCCCAGGUGAUGUUGCUAUGAUACAGCCAGCUAACUUGUCAGAUGCAGUUGAAGACUUUCUAAAAUUGAUGCAGUUAGAUGCAAAUCAACAAUUUGUUCUCUCACAGAAUGAUCCAGAUGUCCUGUUGCCAUAUCAACUACCUCAGCCAUGUUCCAUUAGACACUUAGUAACAUAUUACUUUGAUCUCAACGCCAUACCAAGAAGAUGGUUUUUUGAGUUAUUAUCCCAUUUUGCAACAAAUGAACUUGAAAAAGAAAAGUUACAAGAGUUUGCAUCAACAGAGGGUCAGCAAGAAUUAUUCACUUAUUGUAACCGUCCAAGAAGGACUACUUUGGAGACAUUAUCAGACUUUCCUCACGCUGUAUCUUCAAUACCAUUCAAAUAUCUAUUUGAUUUACUGCCUCCAAUCCAAUCCAGGGCUUUCUCCAUUGCAUCAUCCAUACAGGCAUAUCCAAAUGAAAUACACCUACUGGUUGCUGUUGUUAAAUAUAAAAGUAGACUUAUAAAACCAAGGAGAGGACUGUGUUCAACAUGGCUGGCUAAUCUGAAUCCAAAAGACGGUGUUAUUAGAGUUCCAAUUUGGAUUGUGAGAGGAACAAUAGCUUUCCCCACAUCACCGGAUGUUCCAGUCAUAAUGGUUGGACCAGGAACCGGAUGUGCACCAUUCAGAGCUUUUAUACAAGAAAGAGCUACAAACAAUAUUGGAGGUAAUGUGCUAUACUUUGGGUGUCGUAGUUCAACAAAAGACUUCUUCUGCCGUGAGGAAUGGUCAGCACUUGUGAAUAAGAAUCUACUUAAAUUAUAUACAGCAUUUUCAAGAGAUCAAGAAGAUAAAAUUUAUGUACAACAUAGAUUAGCUGAAUGUGAAUCUUUACUGUGGGAUCUUAUAGAAAAGCAGGGUGCCAUGUUCUUUAUUGCAGGAAAUUCCAAACAAAUGCCAGAUGCAGUAAAAGAUGCUUUGAAGAAAGUCAUAAAGGAUGGCGGUGAAUUCAGUGAAGAGCAAGCAGACAAUUAUGUGAAGAAAUUAGAGAAAGUAAAAAGAUUUCAAUCUGAAACGUGGUCAUGA